UCAUGUCAAAUGUUCACGGCCGUCUAUACUACAUAAUACGUCAGCAAUGCCAUGGGAAUAACGACUCGGUAACUUGACGUUACAUAGUCAAUGCUUACAUAGCUCUAUCGACCGACGUUGACACGAUGAGAUGCUGGCCAAGGCAGGGGGCAUCCCAUAAUAAAUAUUUGACGAUGCCGCUUGAACCUCCAUUUUUUGAGGAGAUUCUUCUACUACCUACCUAUACCCUGAGUUAUUGGGUUGUAGGAGAGUGUAACUAAUAGUCAAGAUAUUCUCACGCGACAUGGCCCUCUCCCACCUAUUCGUCUUAAGCCUGGUCGGCUCCACCAUAGCAACAGACCUGAGCACUCUUCCAGAUCUCCUUAAGGCUAUCUCAGCGGAUGUAUUCCCAGAUUUCAAGAGUAUAUCACAGGAUAUCUACGCCCAUCCCGAGACUUCUACCCAAGAAUUCCACGCCCAUGAUUCCGUCGUGGAGUACUUCACCGUCACAAAGCCUGGUUUAUGGGAUGUGACGCCACAUGCUUACGGCCAACCAACAGCAUUUGCCCUGGAUUUCGUACACAAACCCUCCGGGUUUUCUGGAUCUGAGGAUGACAUUCCUGUUGUGGGUUUCAUGGCUGAAUACGAUGCGCUCCUUGGCAUUGGCCACGCUUGUGGUCAUAACCAUAUCUUACUCAAUGGCCUCGCUGCUUCAAAUAUGGCACGUCAAGCUCUCAUUGACUUGGAUAUCCCUGGGAGAAUCAGAGUUAUCGGAACACCCGACGAAGAAAACACAGGAGGCAAAGAGCGACUCCGAGACGCCGGUGCGUUUGAUGGUGUAGAUGUAUGGAUGAUGGCGCAUCCGACGAGUACAAACGCAGUUCAGCCCAUGGGAGCACGUGUCGAUGCCCAGGCUAACUUCGUUGGUGAUACUCAUGCUGAUGCCGUCAGAACCGCAUACGAAGCACUCGUGAUAAUCACGGAUCUAGCAGGUUCGCUACCUGGGACGUCGACUACAGCUACCCCCGUGGAGGAUGUAGGGAUGUUUGCCAUCAACGUGGUGUCGCAACAAAUCCUACUUGGUAUCUCUGGUCUGAGCCUUCAGGAAGUGAACUCGACUGUAGGAAAACUGCUAGAUGAUACAUAUAUCGGCGUGAAUUAUACCGUCGUGGAAACCAAUGAGGUGGAAAAUGGUGUUGCUAUUACGAUGGAAGGACCUGGAGGCCAUGCAUCUGAAGGCACGAAGAGCCCCCUCAGACUAAGCAUCGAGACAUUCCGCACCUUAACUAGUAGUGGAAAAGAAGGGAUCUCAUUUUUCUUACCUGGCAACAUUACCAUUACAGAAUUGGAUAUCACAACGUCAAUCCGACCUCGGUACACGCUUGACGUAGAUGCAGCCCUCAAAGCGGUGACAUCAGCCAUCGCAUCCAAAGCCUCGAGCAUCACCUCCGAUAGGCCGUACCCAGCACUAGAGGUUCUCACAACCCUGGGCGAGCGAUUCAUCAAUCUGAUGCACGACACCGACCACGGUAGCCAAGCAAACUGGAAUAUCUCAACAAUUGCUCCCGCGGCAACCGACGCAGGAUUUGUACAAGAUGCGCAGCUCGAUCCUGAUACUAAAGAGUUGCUAAGCGUGGGAAAAGCUGUGUUCCAUCCCAACUUUGGCAUUUGCGAGGGCGUGCCAGGUGCACCAUGCGGGUUCAACCACGAGCCUGAGUUUGCACAGACCGCGGGGACAGAGUUUAGCUAUGGACGCACGGAGAUCGUGGCUAGGGCACUAGCACAAGUUGCGAUCGAAUUACUCGAUGAUGCCGAGUUUAUGAAGGAGGCUACCAAGUUAGUCAGGAGAUAGAACGAGAAAGGGUGAACCUUAGCAAAUAAAUACAGCUACGUUUGAUAGUUGACCUCUGAAAUAGCAAGUGUCUGAUCUAGGCAGUCUUAACUCUAAGCAAAAUUUUCAUCUCC